AUGGGCCCAGCACGCUUCCACUGCGCCACGCUGCUGCAUGUAAUGACUAUAUCCUUUGAUUUUCUCGAGUUAUUUGGAAACAUUCAACCACAUUUCUUCAACAUGGGUCAUCUAUUUACGCACAAAACAGCAAAACGAUUGGCAGCGAGUGGUUUCGACCCACCGACUCUGGUAUGGGCUCAGCACACUUCCGCUGCUCCACGCUACUGCAAGUAA